UGCUUUCAGGCUAAGUUCCUCGGAAAUGCAGUUCCACCUGUUUUUGCUGUCAUUGCCCGUGCUGUGAGAGUUGACCACAAGCUGCUGGGCUACCAACUUGCUGCUUACUUUGACAAACCAACUGCAAGAGUGCAACUUGUUGUUACUUCCAUCGCUGAAAAUGACAACCAGAAGAUCUGUGUUGAUGGUGCUCUGCUGAGCAAGCACAAAGUCACUGCCAAGCUUGCUUGGGGUCCAGAGUGCCAGCAGUAUGCAGUCACUGCUAAAGCUGAGGCUGGUGUACUGGGUGAAUUCCCUGCUGCACGUUUAGAGCUGGAAUGGGAGAGGCUGCCGAUUACUGUCACCACCUAUGCUAAAAAGUAACAUUCAU